CACCUUGCGCCUGCGCACUGCCGCUGGAGGGCCUUUCCCAGCGCCUCCACCCAGCUCCUAAACUCCUGAAACUGUCGCGACGCCCUGGGCAGACAGACUCUCCGGUUUGGGAGUGGUCGGAUGCAAAAGAAUGUAAAGUGUUUUCUGAGCGGUUCCAUCCCCUGCCCCACCGCAUUGGAAGGCAAAGGCCGGGCAAGGAGUGAGCUCUACGCACGCGCAGCGCGGCCACGUGGAGCCGGUGCCGGGGCAGACUGAAAGCACAAAGUCUUAAUCACUGGACUGCUGGGGAUGUCCCUCCCUGUUGUUUGAAUUCGGAGGCACGUGAACUGUAGCUUGUGUGAAGCGAAAGCUCUGGUAGAUCACCGUAUUUGCUCCAUGGUCACUGAAUUCCCUCUUCCUGACCACCUUCAACCUGGUGCCAGCCUCUGCCAGUCACGUCACUGGAUUUGGAUGAGCAGCCUCCAGCUUGGGUUUUGACAGUGAUGGAGUAGACGUCACACCAUCCGGAAGCAACAUAUCUAACCAGAGCAGAAAUGCAUUGACUUCACAGAGGAAGGGGAAAAAAAAAGGUCCAAACUGGAUCAAGCCAAACAAUCAAGGCUUGGAGCAAUAAUCAACAGAUUUCAAAGUGUGCUCGAGGCUGAUCAGAGGUUUUAUAUCCAAAGAGGUAUUGAAUUUGGCACUGGCCAGAAAGUUCCUGAGAGCAGCAAUUUUGUACCAUUUCCUCAACAAAUGGAGAGCAGAGACAAAGCUGAGACAAUCAGGAAUGAAAAAGUUGUGAACUGCUUAUACCAGAAUCGUAAUGCACUUUUUAGGCUGGUUUGCUUUCCUUGGGGAGGAGGUGGCUCCAAUUUCUUUGCCAAAUGGGGCCAAGAUAUUCCUAAUUCCGUGGAAGUGCAUGCCAUACGGCUUGCUGGGAGAGAAAGUCGGCUUGACGAACCUUUUGCAAGUGACAUGCAUCAGGUGGUUGAUGAAAUUGCCUGUGCCCUACUGCCGAUCAUCCAGGGUGAAAAUUUUGCAUUUUUUGGCCACAGUAUGGGAUCUUAUAUUGCUUUUUUUACUGCACUACAUCUGAAAGAAAAAUAUAAUCUAGAACCAGAACAUUUAUUUGUGUCAAGUGCAAGCCCUCCUCAUGCCCGACUUCCUUUCCUCAAAGAUGAUAUGUGUGUCGAACAAAUUGCCUUUUUACUGAAGGAAAUGGGAGGCAUUCGUGACGAUUUUGUUGGUGAUGAGGAACAGAGUCAAGAAUCCUUUACCAAAGUGUUAGCAGAUCUUCACAUUUUGAAAGAUGUCAUCUGUAACACACACUCUAAGACUCGUCUUUCUUGUGACAUAACAUGCUUUUCUGGAUCUGAAGAUAUACCAGCGGAUAUGGAAGCCUGGAAAGAUGUAACCAGUGGAAAUUUUGACAGUUUUGUGCUUCCAGGACACCACUUCUAUCUUCUGGAACCUUCCAACACAAGCUUCAUCAAGAAAUACAUAACCAAGUCUCUAGAAAUAUCAGCGCUUGCCUCUUGACAGAUACCUCCCCUUCUUGGUCUUAAAACAGUCCCAUUGAUCAUGUGAUAUUCUUCUUCGGUGUUUCAGAGUAGCUUAGGAGUUUGUUUCAGAGAUUGGAAAAUGAUCAAUUUGCUGCUGUCAGGGUGAUGUGUUAUCUACAAAUGUAUUUCCCCACAGAGCAUUUACAUAUCUGGGGGAUGCAAGAUGAAUGGGUCAAGAAUACUUUCGGGAGGGUCUUUCUUCUUUGUAUUAGAAUCGCAUUUGGGUCUCAUCUGUGGAAGGUUUGUCAAUGAAGUUCCUGCUUGGUCAAUGAUUCGUUUCUUCCUUUCGGUUAUUCUGACAGUGAAAAUCACAGACAGGGGAAGUGCUUGAAAUGAAAUGACUGUUUCAUUAACACACUGGGGCCCAAAGCCUGAUCUCAUCUUUUGAAAUAUAGGGUUGCCCCAAUCAAUGAGGAAAUGUUAAAAUAAGACAGCCCUGAAUAAUCAUUGCUGCCUGUCCUGGCAAGUCCCCGGAAUGCCCGUAGCCCUCUUAGGUUCUCUUCUAAGGGGUUCCUCCGACCUGGACUGCUUGCUGUCUGUGUGUGUUCCCGCUGCUGUUCAGGCAAUGACCAACUGGGACUCAGGGUGACUGUCCGGAGUCUAGUCCUCGGUGUACAGAGGGUCAGGCACAAAUGCCAGACCCAGCAGGCUGCCUCAGCUUCAUGUGUGAUCAUCUGAACCAGACAGAGAAAGCAAGCACACCAGUUGGAAACAUACAGGAAAGAAAAGGGAAAAAAUUAAGUAGGAGAAUGAUCUGAGUCAGAGCAACGGCAGACCACCACUGGUAGGAUUCACAGAUGCCUACUGCCCGGGAUGGAGAGGCACCAUAUCCCCAGGGCUACGUGGGUCCUGCCAUCUCUGCCGAGGCCCAAACCGUGUUUGUCUCUUGGAAUCCUGGCUGUUUAACUGGCACCUUGAUUUGUUAUCUCCCUUGGUUCUUCACAAUAAAGCCCCUACUGCAUGCAA